UAUUUUCAAGAUCUCGGUAACCUUCAAGGCUUUCAAAAGCUUGAAAACUUUAAAUAUAAUAAAGGCAAUCAAGAUUUUAAUAAUCCGAAAGAUACUUAUAGUCAUUUCUGUAUCCAACUUUUUCAAGACCUUUGCAACUAUCAUGAAAUUCAGGAACUACAUGACCAGUUACAGAGUAUUCAAUAUUCUGAAGUCCUUGACAACGUUUAUUCUUUGUAUAUUCAAGAUCCUAAUCAAGAUGCUUAUGAUGCUUCUCAUGUUUAG